UACCCCGCAAUAAACAAACCACCAAGCCCCACUGAAUCCUCUCUUUGAAUCCUAUUUUGUUGCCUGUCCUUAGAACCUCAUCACUCUUUCUUUUUCCUCUGAUCUUCCUUUUCCCUCCAUUUCUUAAGCUGGCUUAACCAAACCUUCCUAGUAAUGACUUCCCGAAGGGCCCUUUUCGUCAUUGAUAUCCAGAACGAGCUUAUUGCUGAUCCUGACACCCGCAUUCCUACGUCCGAGCGCAUCAUCAAGGCAUCUGAAGAGAUCCUCAAUACUGCUCGGGAAGCCCUUGGUCUUAACUCCCCAAGAAAAUCACCCCAAAUCAUCGUUUUUAUCCAGCAUGAGGAGUUUCCACCCGAGGGGACCAUGUUGAGAGGCAGUAAGCCUUGGGAGCUCUUCUUUCCCCCUCGCCCCAGCCAGGAGUACGAGAUACUAGUCGCAAAGAGUACAGCGAACACGUUCGAGUCAAAUCGUGAUCUCGCCCAGAGGCUUCGCGAUGAUGGGAUUACUGAGAUCGUGGCAUUUGGCCUUCAGAGUGAGGGAUGUGUGGAAGCUACAUGCACAGGUGCUCUUGCUUCUGGCUUUGGUGUGACCGUUCUCUCUGGUGCACAUUCAACCUAUGAUAAAGAUGGGAAAAAGGCCGCGGAGAUUGAGCGUGAAGUAGAGCUGCGCCUGUCCACUCGAGGCGCUCGUGUUGUUCCUUGGGAAAAGGAGAUUUCCGCCUGGCUGCAAUAGCUCAUUGAUAUUCGCACCCCGCUGGAGGAGAUCUUGACCAUGUCAUAAUUUCUGGCUUUAGUAGCAACUGAUCAUGGUGUGCAAUUAUAAGAAUCAUGAUAGGUGUGAUCAAUGUUGCCAAGUGAUAGGUAUUUUACAGUCUUCAUCUGACAUUGUCCAUCCGUCAUUGUCAGGGAGAUUGACAUCUGCUUCAGCCUUGACAAACUCUUCAAGGAUGUGGACUUGUCCCAACUGAGCCUGCGAUAAAAGUGUGCACUCUUAAUCGUCUUUGCUGUUGAUAUUCCCCUGGCUCUGAAUUAAGUCUAAUGGACCAUUGCCAUGGCC